AUGCCCUCAUCCCCAGAGAACCACGAGCAUGAUGAUCGUCCAGGCACUCCGCCCCGCCCGCCAUAUUCCCCAGUGACUCCAGUUCUCUCACAUCUCGCCCCGACCAACAUCUCCGCCACCCUCAAUGGGGCCUCACAGUCACAAGCUCAUCCCAUCGCUCCUCCAGCAAAGUCACCGUCGCCGACUACACCAGCUCCUCCCAAUGCGUCACUAUCGAGCUUCCCAGGCGUACUUGGACCGGUAGUCUUCGGCCAAGAGCCGGCGCCGGUGCCCAUCUCGGAAAGCGAGAAUCCCGACGCGAUCGCGCUGCGAUCCGCCAUCUCCGUUCUCCAGCUCCAGAAACAGCAGAGUAUACGAGAUAUCCAGGCGCUGGAGAAGUUGAAGAAAGUCGCGGUCGCGGACCCAGAGGCCUUUGCGCGCGAACUGGCCGCGGGCAACCUUGCGGUCGCGAAGGACCAAGGGGGGUUCGUCAAUUUCACACAUAAUGACAGUGCGGCGUCCCGGAAUGGGUCGGAUGGCUCGAUGAAGGAAGUACUGGCUGAUAUAGGACCGAUCCCAGCGCCGCAGAAUGUCGUGCGGAUGCCACCGGUCAACUGGGCCAAGUAUCAAGUCGUAGGGGAGUCGUUGGACCGGAUGCACGAGGACCAGCUACGGCGUCCAUCGCCUGGGGAGCCGAGACGCCAGGAUCCCACGCAACGGGCGCCGGAACAUGUCAUUGCCUCGCCGUAUCGACCGUUGGUAGAUAAGUUGGAGAGUCCAACACAAGUAAAGGGGGGCAGCAAGAACAAGAAGAUCUGA